UUUUCAUUCAUACAACAGCAGCAGAAUGGGCAUUCACAAUCUCGCCAAGUUGCUUGCCGACCAAGCCCCGCACUGCGUUCGCGAGAACGUCAUCAAGGCUUACUUUGGUCGCAAGGUCGCCAUUGACGCUUCGAUGAGCAUGUACCAGUUCCUCAUUGCCGUGCGCUCCGAGGGCAACCAGCUCAUGAACGAUGCUGGCGAGACAACGAGUCAUCUUGUCGGCUUCUUCUAUCGCACCAUUCGCAUGCUUGAAAACGGCAUCAAGCCCGUCUAUGUCUUUGAUGGAAAGCCACCAGUGAUGAAGUCUGGCGAGCUCGCCAAGCGCACUGCGCGCCGAGAGGAAGCCCAGGCAUCGCUCGACGCUGCAACGGAAGCCGGCGAGUCGGAAACGAUGGAAAAGUUCCAGCGUCGACUGGUCAAGGUGACCAAAGAGCACAACGAAGAGUGCAAACGCCUCCUGACGCUCAUGGGCGUGCCGUACAUUUCGGCGCCGUGUGAAGCCGAGGCGCAGUGUGCGGCCCUUGUCAAGUCGGGCUCAGUGUUUGCGGCCGGUACCGAGGAUAUGGAUGCCCUCACGUUCGGCUCCAAGGUCUUGCUCCGCCACUUGACAUUCUCGGAAGCGCGCAAAAUGCCCAUCAAGGAGUUCAACUUGGACCGUGCGCUCGAAGGCCUCAAGCUCACCAUGGAGCAGUUUGUCGACCUGUGCAUCUUGCUUGGCUGCGACUACUGCGAGUCCAUCAAGGGCAUUGGUCCGACCCGCGCCUACGCGCUCAUCCAAGAGUACAAGACAAUCGAGGAGAUUAUCAAAAACCUCGACACUGAAAAGUACCCGCUCCCUGCCAACUGGGCGUUCGCCGAGGCCCGUACCUUGUUCCUCGAACCCGAGGUGACGCCAGGCGAGGAGCUUGAUCUCAAGUGGACUGCGCCCGAUGUCGAAGGCCUUGUCAAGUUCAUGGUGCAGGAGAAGGGCUUUAGCGAGGAUCGCAUUCGCAACAAUGCAGCCAAGCUCGUCGAUCUGAAGAGCACCGCCACACAAGGGCGUCUUGACAACUUCUUUACCGUGUCCGGGGUUGUUUCGUCCAAGCGAAAGUCCGAAGAAGAAUUGGCAAAGGAAGCCAAGAAGGGUCGCAUGAGCGUCAAGAGUAUGGUUAAGGGUGGCUCUGCCGCCAGCAAAUCCAAGAAGAAGUAUUAGACGUACUUUUCUUGUUUUGUUGUUGAUUGAUGGAAUGUUAAUGUUGCUGCGAAACGCAUGCUACAGUAGUGCAACUUUACUUUAAUGAAAGAGUCUAGUACCAUGG